AUGAGGGGCAUAUACUUCUUGCUUAUAUUGUCACCUCCAUCUUUUUGCAAAUGUACCUGCUUUACGAAUAGCACCAUCAUUCCCUUGUCUUCUCAUUCAAGCUCUUCAUCUGAUAAAUCAGACUCGAAACACGACUCCCGUGCUCCAGCAGCGACAUGUACUAUGUGCAAUCGCGCAUUCUGUCUCGCUCAGCGACUACCGAUAUGUAAAGAGGCCGAAGAGAAAGAUGCUUGCUUGGUUGGGCAGCGAACUCUCCAACACGGCCGAAAUAUGUCAGAGCAGUUUCCCGUCGAACCGUUCAUAUAUUUUAUCGAAAGAUUUCGCGCUGCGAUGGUGGCUCUGCUGCAAGGAAUCGUUCCCCUAGACUCUCUUUUGGAGUCUGUGGAUAAAAUCAUAUGGCACGCACUUAGAGAGAACAAGCAGGAUUAUACCAGUAUUAUUUUGCAGGCAGUAUUCCAAACCAUGGGUGUUUCCCAGGAGCAGAAAAAUAGGUUUAUUCGGCAUGCCGGAUGGGCCAACCAUAUGUGGAACGUGAAUGGCACAUAUCAUAACUCUCGCGAAGCUGUUAAAUUUUCACCCACCAAGCCCAUUUAUCAAAGCGAUUCAUGGCACCAAAGGCAGGAAGAUUCUUUGGAAAACUGGACGAGACCUUUUGCUGUUCAGCAUAACAACAUCGAGCAAAGACAACUAGCAUAUCUCUCCAACACUGUUCCACAACCACAUAACAGUUAUUUGGAAACGGGGAAAUAUCCGAAGCACCUCCACUGCGCAGUCACACCGGAGGUUGCAGCGAUUUCUACAACAAGAGCAAAUACUACCCAAUCCAUUUCGCAAUGA